UGGAGCACUGUGGCAACAUUUUUGGCAAUCCUAAAUGAAGCCUCAGCGUCUGUCCGUUCGUCUCUUCCAUCCACAAUAACUUCCAGUGCGGUAAAAAGCUCAUGGAUGGAUAUUCUGGAACUUAAAGUUAGUCCUUCCACCAAAGGCACCAAAACAAACCAAAAACAAGCGUCCAAGAUGAAGAUGAGCAAAGUUGGUAACCAGACGAACUCGCAGGACCCGCAGGCAGUCAACUCGCGCGUCUUCGUUGGUAACUUAAACACAUUCCAAUGCUCCAAAACGGAUGUCGAGAGGAUGUUUCAGAGAUACGGACGUCUUGCUGGAAUUUCAAUGCACAAAGGUUAUGCUUUCGUCCAAUUCACGAAUCCGUUCGACGCUCGCAGCGCCUGCUUGGGAGAGGACGGCCGCACUGUCCUCAGCCAGAUCUUAGAUGUCAAUAUGGUGGCGGAGCCGAAGCCGCACCAGACGGGAAGGAAGCGCCAGAACGUAGCCAAAACCGGAAACGACUGGGAUUACUACUACGACAGCUAUUACGCCUCGACCGCUUUUCCCGUGGGUCCACCCAGGCUCGUGCCGCCCAUCAAGAGACAACGCUUGAUGACCGCCUCGCCGAGAAGCAACAAAUCCAACAAUCAGACCACCAAAAACAAAGAGAUUCCACCCGUCGAUCAGCUUAAAGUGUACAGUAAUCCUGAUAUAUUGAUAUGCGGCAACUGCAGGGAAAUGUUCACCGAUCUUCACGAGCUCCUGGACCACAAGAAGACCUACUGCAAGUUGCGGUUCACCUGCAAAUGUGAUACCUUCAGUAAAGCUAAAUCGCCGAUUGAUGAUAAUUCGACGGCCUCUCUUCUGUGCGUUCAAUGCAAGGAUGCCUUCCAGAAUGCUUGGGAUUUGAUGGUCCACGCUCAGGCUGCGCACAUGCUUAACAUCUACGAACUUGGGGUCCCAUCCAUGGAACACUGCGGAUCUCCACCGAUGUCUCCAAGGGAUAACAGCACGCCAGAUAAG